CCUCGCUGCUUUGGGUCAGCUGCUCACAGAUAUCUUAUCUGAAGAAGGGGGGAGCAACAUGAACUAUAUAAGGCUAGUUAGUGAUGCAGGAAAAUUGCUGUUGAAUUUUCAUCAGACCCAAUCAGCUACAAGAAGAAAGUUGAUUGCUAUAAGCUUACGAAAAGAUUUAAAAAAUACUCUUAUCAACGUGUCAUCUGAUGGAUGGCUUUUUGGGGAUAAGCUAAGUGUGAGGAUCAAGGCUGCCAAUGAAUUGGAAAAGUCCAGCUUGGUGCUUAUACAAAAAAGUUUUAAAAAAUCAACUUCUCGCCCAUUGGUUAGUGACAAAAAUUUAAACUACCGCCGUCCACUUCGAGCAGUACAACCAGGAGGCAGUCAAAGUGGACGUCAGCAGACCACGCAACAAGCCUUCCAACAUCGCCGCAUGGCUUCUUACAGGAUAACGUUUCAAAACAACAACAACAACAACAACAACAACAACAACAACAACAACAACAACAACAACAACAACAACAACAACAAUCAAGACAGUAGGAGGACCAAAAUGGAGAACCGAACAACAGUAAGGGCCAGGGACCGAUGCAAGCCUUAAGCUACCAAACUAAGGUUAGUACAUCAGUGGGAAGAUUAAGAGCUUUCAUAGCCAAAUGGCGAAAACUAACACAAGACAAAUUGAUUUUGUCUUGGAUAUCAGGUUUUAAAAUUCCUUUUCACAAAACACCAAUUUAACUAUUUCAACCUGCUGGUCUUAUAUGGUCAAAAAAGAGGAGAAUAUACUCAUUAGUUGCAUCCAACAACUACUUAGAUUUGGGGCAAUUAGCAAGGUAAAACCAUGCAAGGACAAUAUGUUUCUAAUAUUUUUCUAAUGCCUAAACAUGAUGGCUCACACAGAUUAAUUCUAAAUUUAAAAAACCUAAAUAAAUGUAUUACAACACAUCAUUUCAAGUUAGAGGAUCAU